CACACUCCCACACAAACGCGGACCCAUAUUCAGCAGAGAGGGCAGGGCUUGUCACGCCGCGCUGUGGCGUCCCCCCCCGGAUGCUUUCACAGUCCCCAGCCGAUCGCCCGAAGACGACGACCCGAUCUCUCCACUGCCCGCUUUACGUUUUGCUCGUUUGGCGUUUCGAUGGCGCGGUUGUCACUCGGGGUGGUUAUCGUCGCGGGUCUGCUGUGCGCGCGCACGCUGCAGCAGACGCCGCCGACUGACGAAAGCGUCCCGGAGCAAACCACUGUCCAAAACUUUUCGGAACCGUCCGGCGGUUGGCACCGCGCAAGCACGAAUGCGCCUCAGGUGGGAAAGGAAAAAGGGAGCCUAUCGGAGGACGAGCUGACUCGAGUUCUGGACGAACUUGAGCAGGAAAAGGUCAUCACCGAAGAUGACGAGAGCUUUCAGGAAGUUGAGGACUUGGAGCCACUCCGCCUCGGUUGCCGCGCCGACGCCUUGGCCGAGUUGAGCGUGGCCCUGUGCGCUUCCCCGUUUGAGCAGCAGAUGGCGACGCUGGAGGCGGACGCUCGCUGCGUGCUCGACAACAUCAUCGGUGCCUACAACGAGCUGAGCGUCUGCCUGGAGGAGCUGUCCCACUGGUGCGGCUGCUACUACCCCAACGCCGUCGCCCACUCGGCCUUCCUGCGCGUCCACUCGGCCUAUUUCGCGCCCUGCCCGCCGCCGCCGCAAGAGGGUCACCUGGAGGACGCGCCCCGCCGCCUGGUCCUGGGCCUCACGCUGGCGCCCGUUGCCCUCGUCCCGCUGCUGGUCUACGUCGUCGCCCGGCGGAGCGGCCGCACGGAGCCGAAUGCGCAUCGAUGAGCGCAAAACGAUGUCACUGCCAUAGAGGCGAUUAAAAAAAAAAAAAUGUGACACCU